CAUGAAAUAGCGUUAUUUAUACCAAAAUACCAAAAUGUAAAUGUAUGACGGAUCCGGCUACACGUUGUUGCGCGAGCGUAACAAUUCAAAUCGUUUGCAAACAUUCCAUGACAGUUGGCUUAUCGAAAAACGGACAAUCAGUCAGUUUGGCAGAUCGUGGUCACAAAGGUUUUCUCACGUUCAACUGACUGACGUUAACGUAGCUUGUCAAUACUAUGGACAGCCAUCCCAAGCGAAGAGCACAAGUUAAAAGCGCUGUGAUGAAAAGUGAAGUGCAAAAGGAUGAUUGGCCUUCAACUAGUAAUGGCGCCAGUGUUGGCGAGGUCACUCCGUGUGGUGGACAUAAGAAACCGGUGGGUAGGCCUAAAAGCAGCAGUCAGGUUACACCAAAAGUUGAUAAAUGUGGUGGUAAUGGAAAUCAAAUGCCGAUCAGUUUAACACACAUCAAGGGAGACAUUCGAGGUCGACCUGUUAAAUUUAAAAAGGAAAGAGCAUCCGCAGUCAGUAAAGAGAGCAAAGGAGCAUCUGACCAUCCAACAAAUGUUACCUCUCAAGUACCUGUCAUUAAGGAGGAGAUCAUUACACCUGUUCCAGGUCUGUUCAAAGAAACGGAAGAACCAAAUGGCCAUCAAGGAAAUCAACAUGCGGCUCCCACUAUAGACUUCUCCAAACCAAUCCAUAUUGUAAAUGCAGAUGGGAUGUCCUUUACAGCAUUUGAUGGUAAAGCCAUAACGCUCAGCAAAGUUCCAUAUCCACCACCAGUUCAUGUGUAUGUUAAGCCAGCCACAGACAAGGUAAACACUAGAGGGAUAAAUCUCACCAGGCCACCAUCAGAAGCAGAACAUUUGGAAGUACCACACAGCAUAGACAGAAAUGGCAACAUCAAGAGACCUAUGAAUGCGUUCAUGGUCUGGGCCAGAAUCCACAGGCCUUCCCUGUCCAAAGCCAACCCAACAGCGAACAAUGCAGACAUCAGCGUGCAGCUCGGGAUAGAGUGGAGCAAACUCACCGAAGAAGAGAGGAGGCCCUACUAUGAUGAAGCACAUAAACUGAAAAACAAGCACAGGCAGGACUUCCCCGGUUGGAUCUAUCAGCCCAGACCCGGGAAAAAAAAGUGCUACCCCUCUGGACCGAUGUCCUAUGGUCCUCAACCCUCCCGUUGCUCUGCAGAGAGAAGUGUUAUCAGGGAUGAGACUCAUCCCAUGAAUGCGAUGACCGGGGCCUCCCCUACCACAAGCACUUUUAUUCCAGAUACACAGGCCACAGAUUCUAAUGGCCAUUGUGUCAAAGUGGCUACAACAGAAGCUAAAAAUGCCUCUCAGAGUACCAGCCCGUUCUCUCUUCUGAAGACCUAUUCCUUCCCGAGUCCUCACUCAGCAGCCCCAUCCUCCGGUAGUGAGCAUGCAGUAGGCAGGCAGGAAGCCAGCCACUCCUGCAGAAUCCCUGAAGAGUCUCUGAAGCCAAGGACAAUCAUCAGGCAGCAGACAUACUACAGCUGUGCUAGUGAUGUUCCCUCUAUAAGCACGGCACCAAGAUCCAGAGUUCUGCAGAUGCCUCUCCCUGCGCUAGCUCAGCCUCACCUGUAUCCCCCGUCUCCGGUGAUGCAUCCAGUCAACUUUUUCCAAACACCUCGCUUUUCCUUUGCGCCACCUUACUUCAUGCCUGCUCCUCAGUUUUAUCCACCAGGAUCCUACCCUUUCGGGCCGUACCCAGUUCUCCAACCCCAGGAGUUCUCAACCAUGGCGUCUCCCAUUACUACUCCAGGCUAUCCCUACGAUGACAACUACAAUCAGCAUGAGUCCACCUUCUCCAUGUUCAACAGAGACCACCCGUUUCAGCAGAGAGGGCACAGCUGGCCGAGCCGUCAAGGUCAAUGGCAGGCCACCGUUACCUCUGAGCUCCUGGGUUCGGUGCCCCCACUGGACGGGCGUACCCUGGAGAAUGUCUUCACCAACUCUGUGCCAGAGAACCCUGCCAGCGUUCAGGAGGUCCAAGUUACCAGUGAGCCGGACAGGGAAGAAGUGCGCUUGAUGACAAUUCUAUAGGAUCAAACCAAUGGGAUAUCCUUUAGCAAGAUCCUUGAUAGUUUAUUGGUUAAUUCAGUGAAUCAGUACACUGCAUUGUACAUAAACAAACGAAGUAUAAAGUGUAGUUAUUUUAAAAUAAAUUUUUUUAAAAAAUGUAUAGUUUUUCAUGAAUCCACAAUUGCUCUUGUACAAAAUUAAAUCAACAUUAUUUUUUACGCGGUAGGGUUUUUAUUUAUUUAAGUCCUUUGUUGUACUUAACUGGCUGGGGCAAAGGCAUUGUAUUAGCCUAUUCA